AUGUAUAAAACACAGACGAUCCCCACCUUUUCCAACCAAAAUGCAUUUCGCCAAGACCCUCCCCUCCUCUCCCUCGUCGCCCCCGUCGUGCUCGCCGACCUGGGCCUGGAGAGCGAAGACAUCCCCACCCAGUGCACGCAGGUGUGCGACCCUCUCCUCACCCUCUCGCGCCAGUGCGACGUCGACGACGACCAGGUCGGCGGCGACCGCAACGAGGACCUCCUCGAGAGGCAGUGCCUGUGCACGAACCAGAGCUUCGACGUCGCGGGCGUGGCUGCCCUUUGCGCUAGCUGCAUGAGCCAGAACGUCCGGGAGCGGGAUGACCUUGAGGACAUCGACGAGAUCAUGAGGACCUGCAACUUCCAGAGCACCACCUACGCCGUCAGCGCCACCACCAUCGUCGAGGGCGUCACCGUCACGGCUACCCGACCCACCGAUAUCAACCAGCUCACCACCACCGCCGGCUCGCAGCCCACGCCCAACAACGAUAACGGCAACAACAACGGCAACAACGACAACAACAACAACAACAACGGUGGCGAUAGCGGCGCGGCUGCCUUUGCGCCCGGCAUGAUGAUCUCCGUCGUUGCUGCUGCCUUUGCCGGCGCCAUGCUGAUCUAA